AUGGCUCAAGAGAAGCUCAAGAUAUGUGGGCUGCGGGCCCCAUACCACGCCACCCCCAGGCAGUCCACCGUGAUCAACAUCCUGCAUGAACCCCACGUGCCUGACCACAUCGUCUGGUCCCUCUUCAGCGUGCUCUUCCUCAACUGCUGCUGCCUGGGCUUUGUGGCCUACACCUAUUCUGUGAAGUCUAGGGACCAGAAGAUGGUGGGAGACAUGAUUAGGGCCCCAAGCCAUGCGUCCACCGCCAAGUACCUGAACAUCUUCUCUACAGUCCUCGGCCUCCUGGGAAUCCUUAUCUUUGUCAUUCUCCUUGCCACAGGCACAGUGAUGAGCUUCCAAGCCUUGUCACAAAUGAUGGGCCAGGAAGGCCACUAG